ACACUUUGGUAAUCAUUCGGUUCGAGGCAAUCCAAGCAAUAAUUUUAUUUAUUUUAAAAACAUUUCUUCUUUUGUUUUAUGCUUGCAGUGUAAAAAAAAAAGUUAAAUUAAAAAAAAAAACUUAAAAAUGCUAUAAUGUUUUAUCAAAGCAUUGUAAAUACUUUCUUGUUUUUUUCUGUCUUUCAUUAUCUAUUCAAUACGAUGUUAUAACAAUGCGUUCAUGAAUUAAAACCUUAUCUCCACAUGCUCAUGUUGUUUUUAAUGCUUUUUUUUCACCUACCUACUCUUUUCGUUUUAUGAAAAUCCAAUGUCCGUUGGAUUUUUUAAAAUCCCAGAUUGUUCUAUUUGCUACGCCCCUCUAACAGCAAAUCUCUGUAUAUUGAAUACAUGCGGUCAUGUUUUUCAUCAAACAUGCGCAAAAAAGUGGUUUGAAUCUAAGCGCGUUAAAUGUCCCUGUCCUCUUUGUCGGACAACGUGGACACUGAAAUCUCAGCGAGUGCUAAGUUAUCAAGUGGAACCUAUUCCUCUACAAGAUCUUUGUUUAAAUGAUAGCGUAACGGGAAAUUUUCAAUCAAUUCUUCAAAAUGUACUGGAAAAAGGAAAAGAAGCAGUCAAAACAUAUUCUUCAGAAAUUGAAAACCUUACAAGGGAGCUACAGCUUUCACGGAAACAAGAAGAGGAAACUUUUAAUAAAUUGAAAGAGUGUACAGUUUCAAUAGAAGCCUAUAAAAAUCAAUGUGAUGAAUUAUCUAUGGAAGCUGAACGAUUGAAAAAAUUCAAUAAAACUCUUACAAAGAAAGCUCAACAAACAAAAGACGAGAUUGUUUUAGUCAAAUAUCUUAAAGAACCGUGUAAUGAUGAUGAAUUUGAAAAUUUAAUGAAACGUUUUGGAGUCGCGUUGGACCCAAAAAUUUUUUUGACUGUAUUACAUAAUCGGAUUCGAGAAGAAAGCAUAAUUUCUCAAUCUAAAGAAGUGACAAAGGAAAGAUGGAAGCAAAAUGCUUUAGAAUUAAAAGCAGUCAAUGACCAACUUUUGGCACGUUGUCAGCUUCAGGAAUCCAUUUUAAAUCGUUUGAAGAAGGAAAAAAAACAUCUUUCUGCUGUAGUAAAGCAAACAAGCAACAGAACAUCCUUCCCUGCUUCUUCUUUGGCUUGUUCCGUAAAGCAACCGAAUGACUCUCAAGGAAUAUCUUGUAAAAGUGAAAUACCUAUUAAAUUAUCACCAGAAAGUUCUUCGUGUUUUCGAAAACAAGACAAUUUUUAUGAGGAUGGACAAGCUCAGUGUAAUUUUGAAAAAAAACUUCAUCAAUUUGAAAGAACGUCUUCACCUAUAUUAAUGGAUUUUCUAGCUUCUAAUUGUUUUGAAAACGUUAACGAUCACGAAGCUCAUAAAGAAGUAUCUGUCGAAAAACACGUUGAAGUUGUAUUAAAAUCACCUGGUAUGGAAACAACCAUCAUUAUGAAUCCGUUGCCUUUACCGACAACGAAAAAUGAAACUAGUGAAAUGCUUAGCAAUUCUUUGGAAAUUGAUCAGGAAACUGUAACAUCAUCUCCAAAAGAUACCUUAUUGCUUCAGAGCGAAACAAACGGACUGACUGGUGCUAAAAAUGAACAAGAGACUAUUCUUCCUAAAGAACAUCAAUUGGAAGAAGUCUCAUGUCACACACCUCAAAAAGCUGCAAGUCAAGUGACAUGGGAAAGUCUGGGUUUAACUUCAACGCCCUUAUGUACGCCUAGUGAUACCCCUCAUUCAAGUACUAGCUCUAUUUUUCUUGGUGAAAGUGUUUCGUUAACUAAUCGCGUACGCCAAAAACGUCAAAGUCAACAGUCAAAAGAAAAGACCAGUCUUAUUAAUAACAAAUUACGUCUUACUUUGGGCAUUACAACUUCACCACAAUCUUUAUCAACAACGACCCACACUGUUCAAAAACCCUAUCAGUCCUGUCGUACACGAAAAAAUAAACCGGUACAAAACUUCCGUGAUAUUAGAGGUUUUUUUAAUACAUGAAAAAAACUAAGGAAAACAAUGGAAAUAAAUGAUGAGAUGCUAUAAAAUACGGCUUAUUGGAGAACCACUAUCACUGUGUUUUAUGAUAUGACAUUGUCACUCAAAGACAAAUGAAAUUUCUUAUAUUUUACUUCAGAAUAAACAUAUUGUAUGCAAACACUGUCACGUAAACUUCUUGCAGGAUGAUCUGAAAUUUUUCUAUCUUAUUACUAAAAAUAAAAAAAAACCUUGAUAUUUCAUUCAAAGUGACUACUAAUUAUUGUUUCUUUUCCAUAUAUCAAUCAACAUUAUUUUUAACCUAGCUUUGACG